AUGCGCGCAGAAGGGCUGAGCUGCCGGGAGGAGGAGAUGAAGCAUCUCGUGCUCUUGGUCAUGCGCAGAGAGCAUCAGCUUGACGACUGGAUGAAGCAGACCCUGGAGAAUCGUCAGGAGUUGCUCAAGGCUCGAGGCUACAGCGUGGCCUCUCUCAAGGAUGACAAGAAGGCUGACAAGAAGGGCAAAAAGGACAAGAAGGACGAGCCGGAGGAGAAGAAGGAAGUGAAGGAAGUAACCCUCAAGCUUCCGAAGCCCAAGGAUGAUGCACGAGCGAAGUGGAUCACUCACUGCAAUCGAAACGUCCUCAAAGACUCCAUGGUGAGCUCUGCUGAUUUGGAGGAGGAAAGCAUCAAGACCUUCGCAAUGCGGCCUGCGCUGGAGUGGGCACUACUCAAGCUGCACGAUACUGACACGAGCCUGGACAGCAUGUUUGUGCUCCUCUAUCGGCUCUACACAGGCCACACCCGCCUGAAGCUCGGCCCGGCUGGGACUCCCGAGGAGGAUUCGCGACGAUUUGCUCACACCUUUGCCACGCUCGUCGCCUACAUGCAGUCUGAGACGAUGGAACAUGGCUUCCUCGCCUCCUUCCUCAACGUCUUCGCGCACAACUUCGACGAGCUCUGGACUGCCGAAGGCCCCGCAGCUGAUUUGCCAAAACCUCCUGGCGCCGAAACCAGCGCGGGACGUGGGAGCCAGUCUCGGGAGCUCCUCAACGAGCGCUUCCUCGUGGAGCUAAGAAGCUGGAUCAUCGACCGGAAGGAUCGGCUGGUCUGGCCCAAAGGGGGCGAUGACGAGGAGGAAGACGAAGAAGGUGGCAAAGAAGACGGCGACGACGAUGAUGACGAAGACGAGGAGGACGAGGAGGAGGAGGCAGAGGGCGAUGAUGAGGAGAAGACGGGCCCGGACGAGACAUCAGAGAAAGCAAAGGAAGCAAAGGAAGCAAAGGAAGGAGAGGAGGACGAGGAGGAGGAAGAGGACAAUGCAGAGACAUUCAAAGCAAAGGCAUGGGCCCCAGCGGCGCUAUGUUUCUUUAGCUGGUUGUAUUGA